AAACAGGAAGCGUGGCAGCCGCUGCGCCUGCGCAGUGACUCACCCCGAGUCCCUGUAAAGAUGUCUGAGCAGGCGGGGAGGGAGCGGAGCGGAGGACCCGAAACAAACGGACAAAACCUACGACUCUCCGCAACUUAAUCGGUUAAGGCAGGUCGAUGUCAUUCUGACAAGCAGCUGAGAUGUCCAGUGACGGUCAGGGAUCGGUGAAGGGGGAGGCGGCCAUGAUGCCAUCUCCCUCUGUCCCUGCCUCCUCUCAGGGACCGCCCCUUUCUCCGUCCAGCACCUCCAAACCACCUGAGCUCCCAGAUGAACUGGUCCAGGCUGGAUGGUCUAAGUGCUGGUCUCGUAGGGAGAACCGACCAUAUUAUUUCAACAGAUUCACUAAUCAGAGCCUGUGGGAGGUGCCAGUGCUGGGACAGCAUGAUGUCAUUUCUGAUCCUUUAGGCCUAAAUGCAGCUCCAGCAGAGGGUGGAGAUGGUAACCUUGGUAAUGGUCAGAGGAAGAGGAGGAGCUCUGAGGAGCAGGGGGCAGGGCCUAACAGCUUCAAACGUGCCAAGGUGGAGCCCACCACGCCCAUUUCUCCCAGCACUCCUGGGGUCAAACCUUGGAUCUCUGCCCCUGAGGACAAACAGGCCCCGCCAGCUACGCCCACUACCCCCAGCCCCGCUCCAUAUAGGCCAGCUGUGAUCUACUGGGAUCUGGACAUCCAGACCAACGCUGUCAUCAGAGAGCGCCCUCCCACCAACCACCUGCCCCCCCACCCUGAGAUCGAGCUGCAGAGAGCUCAGCUGGUCACCAAACUGAGGCAACACUACCACGAACUGUGUCACCAGAGAGAAGGUAUUGAUCCACCCCGGGAAUCAUUCAACCGUUGGCUGCUGGAGAGGAAAGUGAUUGAUAAAGGUCAUGACCCCUUACUGCCGAGUGACUGUGACCCUGUCAUUUCCCCGUCCAUGUUCAGAGAGGUUAUGAAUGACAUCCCCAUCAGGUUGUCACGUAUAAAGUACAAAGAGGAGGCCCGCAAGCUUCUCUUUAAAUAUGCUGAAGCUGCAAAGAAGAUGAUAGACUCCAGGAAUGCGAGUCCAGAAAGCCGGAAGGUGGUUAAGUGGAACGCUGAAGACACUAUGAGCUGGCUGCGCAGAGAUCACUCCGCCAGCAAGGAGGACUACAUGGACCGUCUGGAGCACUUGAGACAGCAGUGUGGACCUCAUGUCACUGCUGUGGCCAAAGACUCUGUGGAAGGAAUCUGCUCCAAGAUUUACCAGCUAUCUGCUGAGUACAGCCGCCGCCUGAGACAAACACACCUGAGCCUGCUGCAGGACCCCCCCACAGAUGCGUGUGCGUCCCCUCCGCAGUCCCGGUUGGUCUACUGUUACCCAGUGCGUCUCGCGCUGCCGUCUCCUCCUCUUCCUCGAGUCGAGCUGCACUUUGAGAACGACGUUGCAUGUCUGCGCUUCAGGGGAGAGAUGGUCAAAGUCAACAGAGGACACUUCAGCAAACUGGAGCUGUUGUACAGGUACAGCUGUAUAGAUGAUCCUCGCUUUGAGAAGUUCCUGUCUAGAGUCUGGUGCCUCCUCAAGAGAUACCAGGUGAUGUUUGGCAGUGGGGCUAACGAGGGGACGGGCCUGCAGGGGGCUCUGCCUGUGACGGUGUUUGAGACGUUGAACCGACAGUUUGGAGUUUCCUUCGAGUGUUUUGCUUCACCACUCAACUGCUACUUCAAACAGUUUAGCUCCGCCUUCCCCGACAUUGACGGCUUCUUUGGAUCCAGAGGGCCAUUCCUGUCUUUCUGUCCGGUCAGCGGCUCUUUUGAAGCCAACCCUCCAUUCUGUGAAGAACUGAUGGACGCCAUGGUGACGCACUUUGAGGAGCUGUUGGGUCAGUCCUCAGAGCCUCUGUCCUUCAUCGUCUUUGUGCCUGAGUGGCGAGACCCGGUGACCCCAGCUCUGACCCGCAUGGAGGGAAGUCGAUUUCUGCGUCACCAGCUGAGUGUCCCGGCCUAUGAGCAUGAGUAUCGCUCUGGGAGCCAACACAUCUGCAAGAGAGAUGAGAUGUACUACCGGGCAGUACACGGUACUGCAGUGCUCUUCCUUCAGAAUGAUGCAGGCUUUGCGAAGUGGGCUCCGACUCCGGAGCGUCUGGCCGAGCUGACAGCGGCGUACCGGCCUUCCCCCUCAACCCCCUCUACUUUGUCCUCUCCUGGCCCUGCCCACACCGCUCCUGGAGAAAGAGACUCCACCCCUAAGGCGGCUGAUAGGCCACAGAGCGCUGUGAUGUCACCGGGCGGCCAUGACAACAACAACAACAACAACAACAACAGCAACAACAGCAUCAGCAGCAACAGCAGCAGCAGUCCUCGGGACAAGAUGGCUCCUGUCUAGAUGGGGCUUAUAAUGUGACUCCACCCGCUCACCUGUUGGAAAGCUGUUUAAAUUUCUCUGUUUUAGUUUGUUCUGAUCGUCGUCUCGUCUCUUCAGAUUGUCCCUCACCAGCAUCCAUAGCACACCUCCGCUUCUGUCAACAUACCCACAAUGCCGCUCUGCAGGGGGCGGGGCCAGAGUGUAUCCCCUCGGUUGGUCUUUACCGUGCCCCUGUCACAUAAGCUCUUCUGAUUGUUCUGACAUCACAGCAGUCGCGGCUCCUGUUGCUUAGCAACAAGCUGACAGAAGAUGACGUAAGCAGCAACAUGUUGGAGCUCCAGCAAUAAAAACUUCUCAUUCACCUGUGAUGUCAUCUGUGACGUCACUACUCCUCGCUGGAGGACUUGUGAUUGGUCCCCACACCGACAGGGCUUGGUGAUUGGUUGACAAGGCAGCUAUCAUUUCUAUUGGACUUUUUUUUUCCUCUUCAGGCUCCGCCUUCUCAGGACAGCCUGGCCAAUAGUGUGGGUCCUUUAGGUGGAUCAAGGGAAACAAGGGAGUUUAUAGCAGGCAGGAGGAGGCGGAGCCUUCAGUGAGGUCAUAUGUACUGGUGGAAGGAGGCGUCAUGAGGACAGACAACUCGUCAGGUUCUGUCAUCUGUGCUGUCAUAAUGAUGCAGGAAGUGUGAUCAGAGAAGAAACAGGUGGAGGGGGGGGGCUUGUUUCACAGGUGGAGCUGCUGGUUGUCCAUAUUGGAUCAGAGUGUGAGGAGUCUGAUAAUGUCCUUGUUGUCACACACACUCACACUAACAUACUCUUUGUCUUCUUGUCUUGGAUCAUCUGAAGAUUCGACUUUUUCCUGUAACACCACAAGUUUUAUAAAUAUUGCCCGUCUUUUCCUCGUGCAGCGUUUUCUUGUAUCAACUUGGCUCAGUAUGACAUUUAGUUUUUGUGAAUUUAUGAUUUUUCCUCUAAAUAUUCAAACUUUUAUAUCUUUUGAUGCAUUUAGUCAAACUAUAAUUUCUUCAUUUGUCCAAUAAUAAAUGUACAAACAUGAUGUUAACAAUUCUUAAAAACAAGAAUGCAGCAGGAUGAGAAUCACUGCGGCUCCUCACGCUCUCACUGGACACCAGCAGCUGAUAGUCUGUCCUCUGAUUGGCUGAUGAGUGGUCCUAUCAGGUGUCUGUCUCUGUGUGACAUCAUCGUGUAGAUACUGUACAGUUCAUCUGUUGAUGUUUUGUUCUCUUCUGUUAAACUGAUUGAAAAAACAAAUGAAUCUGUUCAGUUUUUAUUUGAUUUAAUUUAAUAUUUUUUUAAAAGAUGGAGAUGUUUUCUGUAUUAUACAGCUUAUGAUAGUUUGUUUGAAACUAAACCAAAGUGUUAUUAAGAAGAUCUAUAUCUUGUAUGUAACAGUAGAAGUGUGUUUGCAUCAGUAACCAGCAGAAUCCUCUCCACAUUAUUUUUAUAAUUCACAAGUUUCCGUCACUUUUCUCCUUGUUUUUUAUGCUUUUUGUUAUUUUGGGUUCUUGUUGUGCAUGAAACCUUUUGGACUCUAAAUGAUGUUUGUUAUUCCUGAAUGUUUUUAUCUGGCCGAGUCUUCAGGCGUCGCUGCAUCAUGUUUCCUUUACGUUUUAAUGUUAACUGUUUGUUUCUUUAAAGGAGCAGUUAACAUUUCAAGCAUUCUUACUGUUAAUCUGGAGUUCAUGAAGGUAGAUUGUUGUUGUUUUUUUUUUUUUUAAAGCUAGCAGUUUUACCCUGUUGCGGUCAUUGUGCUAAGCUAUGCUAAUGUUAGACUGUUCCUUUUAAUAUUUCUGCCAGGUCAGUGUUCCUGUGAAACAACAUUGUGUUGACUAAAGAAAACAAGUGUUUUAUUUUAAUUACAGGAUCUGUUCAUAAUCAGUUGAUUUGUAACGACUUCUCUGUCGCAUAAUUACCAGAUGAACAUCUUGUCAGUUUGAGAUAAUAGUUUUAAAGUAAAACGUGAACAGUUAUUAAAACCCUCCUUAAAUUUAAAAGCUGAUUUCAUGAUAGUUUGGUCUAAUUGUGAGAUACAGAUGUUCAGCCAACUGAUCACGGUGUUGAGUGACACCACAGUGUCUUCUUUUGUUUCAUACGUUAUCACAAGUGUUGGAGUCGGUUUAGAGGCGAAGGUCAGACAGAACACUGAUAUGUGUAGAUGAAAUGUGGGCGCUAACAUUCAUUUCCUAAAAGAUUUGUGGGCUGAGCCAAGUCGAACAUGUUGAGUGUCAAGUUGGUUGAUUCUUGAUGUUUAAUAGUGAAAGAUAUAGUCUCACAAUGACAUAAAUCUAUGUAAGGACGGAAAAGCAGGCAGACACUACAGAUUUGUAGUGUGAGAUUUUUAGGAGAUCAUGUCAUAAUUCUGAGUCCUAACGCAGAAGAUGAAACAUCUGGCUGUUUUUAUUGAUUGGUUUGUUUUCUUCAGAUUCACAGAAGAUGGUCAACAGUGAAGUUGUAAAAAACUAGAAGAAAUCGAUCUUUUCAUCUCGUAUGUGGCUGUAAAUAUGAAAUGACUUUCAGUGUAACACUGCUGCAGAGCCAUGAAGACUCGGCCGUGUUUGUGGUGGGGUCCUCACAGCUGGGGAAUGUAAAUACAGUCUGUCCUUCAUCCUGCCUGCAGACAAACUGCAGCUUCACUCUCCCAGUAAAAAUAUAUACAACCCAGUAACACACCUGUCUGCCUCUGCUCACCUGCUGCUGCUCACACAUACAGAGUCUUUGUCCUCCCAAUAACUAAAAAGUUACAAAUGUCCAACUUUAAAUUAAACUUUCCACAUUUCCAAAUAAUGAAGAAGUAAAAUAAUAAAGGCUCAUUUAAUAAAUGAAGACAA